UUCUCCUCUCGCCCAUUUGAAAUGGAUACACAGAACAACACUUGAUUACCACCUUCCAACACUUGUUCAUCGUCCACCUCUCCACCUGCUGCUGCAGGAGGAUGGGACUAUGAAGUCUUCUUGAGUUUCAGAGGCGAGGAUACUCGUAAGGGAUUCACUGAUCACCUCUACUGCGACCUUCGGGAGAAAGGAAUCCACACGUUUAGAGACAACAAUGCGCUUCGCCUUGGAGAGAAUAUUACUGAGAUUCUCAACACAAUCGACCACUCAAAGGCAUGGGAGGUAUCGGCAAGACCACUAUUGCCAGGGUCAUCUACAACUAUCUCUCCCAACACAAAUUUGAAUUUGAAUUUGAAUCCUGUUGCUUCCUUGCAGACGUUAGAGAAAAAGCUCAAUAACACACUGGUCUUGUUGAUUUUGCAAAACCAACUUGUAUCUAGCAUCUUGAAACAGGGACACUCUGUCUUAAUUAGGUCUAAGGAUGAAGGAAUUAAUGCAAUCAAACAUAGAUUUUCUGGGAAGAAAGUUCUUGUUGUCGUUGAUGAUGCCGAUCACAGAGAUCAGCUUCAUGCACUUGCAAUUGUGGGAAAAUGUGAUUGGUUUGGUUCAAGAAGUAGGAUAAUUGUCGCAACUAGAAACAAAGAGAUCCUAAAUCUGCCUCAGGUAGAUUGUAGGACUUACGAACCAGAGGAAUUGGAUUCUACUCAAUCUCUACUACUUUCAGCAGGUAUGCCUUUAGAAGGGACCAUCCCCCACAAGACUAUGAUAAUCUCUCUAAAGAUGUUGUGUCCACUACUGGAGGGUUGCCUUUGGCUCUUGAGAUUAUUGGUUCUUUUUUAUCUGGCAAGGGAAAAGAGGUAUGGGAAGGUACAUUUAGAAGUAAUACCGAAUAAAGAUGUGGAGGAGAAGCUGAAAAUAAGUUACGAUGCAUUAGAAUAUGAUCAAAAAUAUAUAUUUCUCGAUAUUGCAUGUUUCUUAAUCGGAGUGGAUAGAAGAAUUGCUUUCCACAUGUGGGAUGACUGCAAAUUUUUUCCGAAAAAUGGGAUUGAAGUUCUUAUUAACAUGUCCAUGAUAAAAAUUGGAGAUAAUAAUGAGGUACAGAUGCAUGACCAGCUUAGAGACCUUGGUAGAGAUAUUGUUCGUAAAGAAGAUUUUGAAGAGCGGGGAAAGCGUAAUAGGGUGUGGUUUCGUGAUGAAGCCAUCGACGUAUUGAAGAGUCAUACAGGAACAGCGAAGGUUAAAGCUCUCAAAAUCUCACAGGUUGAGGACUUUGAAUUAGAGUCACAGGUUAAAGCUCUGUGUCUUACAAAUGAAGAAUUUGCAAACCUAUCUAAUCUAAGGUUCCUUCAAAUGGACUUUGCAAAGCUGGAUGGAGAUUUUAAGGGUCUUCUUUUAAAUUUGAGAUGGCUUGCCUGGAAAGGAUGCCCUGAAAUUUUUAGCCCAACCAAUUUUCAUCUAAAGAAUCUGGUCAGUCUUGAUUUAUCACAGAGCAAGGUCACAGAAGACUGGGAGGGUUGGAAUUAUACCAAGAUUGCAACGAAGUUGAAAGUUCUAGAUCUCACAGGUUCCAAAAAUAUGGUACUUGAUAAUCUCUCUCUCUCUCUCUCUCUCUCUCUCAACAUGUGAAGUCUCAAACU